UACAGAAGACCGGUCUUACACAUCUGUAGCCAAGUUUAAGUACACGUACAUUCAGCGACAAUGACAUCACAAAUUGACGCUUACUUCCAAAAAAAGGUUCAGCACCGCCCCGCCACAGACGACAUACGGUGUUGGUGGGACAGGGUUAUACAGUGGAUUGGACCAUUUUUGCUAUUAGUGGGCUUCAUAGCGAUGAUACUCCACGUAAAUGUAGCAGUCAGGUGCUCAGUGAAUGGCGACAUCGACUUAAAAGCCCUCGGUACAAACGCUUCAUCUUUGCAGUCCACGACACUACCCAAUGCUGAUUUUGUAAAUGCACAAUGCAGUUCCCAACUUGGAUUUCCCACAAAAAGUUUUUCAGGAAUUCUGAUUGCUCUGGCGUGUAUCCUUACUCUUAUCGGUAAUCUCUGGUUCCGUUUACCGAUCACAAAAUCUAAAAUGAAAACUUUCAAAUCAAGGACAGACGGGUCAAUAAAGUCAAGUGGAACUCAAGAAGAAAUACAACGUAUGAUAUCAGAUCCUGGUUCCACUCCUGUUCCUGAUGCCUACGAUGACUUAAAGAAACAACAUGAAGAACUAUGGCAAUAUAGACAGUGUCUAGAAAAGAAACGUUUUCUUGGCAGGUUUUACCUGGCCAAGAGUGUAGUCCAACUGGUGUUUUCCGUUUUGGCGCUAGUGUUCAGUGUGUUUUUUGCGGGUUGGCCAUCAAUGCACCAGGGGUUGUUUCACUGCACAUUGGCAAAUGUAAGAGCUGACUACGUUUGUACACGAACCCUUGGGACAUGGUUCAUUAUUCUGAAUGUCAUUUACGCCAUAGCUGCAGCUCUGUACAUAGCUAUAUUAGUGUUUGGUAUUGUGUGGUACCUCAAAGAAGGCAGAAAGCCAUACGGUCUGGACGAAAACGCAGACAAAAUUACUGGCAGACAGAAGUCGACCAACAAGCCCCAGGAACAGGUUGUUAUAGAGAUGGAAGGGGGGCAUAAUGCCGCAUAUGAGGGAGGUAAUGAUGAACCGGUACCACGACGUCCGCCAGACGGUGAAGCAGAGACUAGUUCCUCGGGAAGUGAAGGCGAUGGCAUUGCAGAAGUUCAUUCAUCCGAACACGAGCUAGAGGUUUGUGUAGAAAGCGAUUCUCUUCUUGUCAAACAAAGAGAUGUACCAAAGGAAGUCGAUACAUUUCAAGGAGACGCAGCUUUUAUGGUGCGCCUUUUGGAGAGAAACAAGUCCGAGGAAGCGGAGCACGUGACGCGGAUGAUGUCCCGUCCGUUAAAGGAAAUGCUGGAAGGUGUGGUGUUUGAUCCAGAUGAAAUACGAAUCCAUCAUGAAACCAUUGAGGAUGAUGAUACGGUCACUGUCAACCUGGAGUGGAAUGGGCCGCUCAAGGGGGAAUACUCGGGGUUUAGAAUAACGGUAGAGAAGAGAACCGACGGGAAUUUUGUGGCUGAUAACACAGUUCACGUUGUGAAAGCAGAAGUCGGUAAAGAAAGAGAGAGAACAGCGUGUUUGCGACAUUUAGAGCGCGGUUCUGUAUAUAAAGUCCGAAUAUUAACUGUGUUGGAAAAAGAAGAAGGGGUUAUCAGAACAAGCCAGCCGUCAAAAAUAGUCAUAGCUACUAAGCCACCCGAGCCCCGUUUAUUUGUUCUGAAAAAAUCAUCUGGUAGAUUUGCAAGAAAUGACAGGAGGCUAACAUUAACCGGUAUGGUGGACAAGGGAAAUGUGACCUCAUUCGUUUUGCAAUACAGCAUUUACUCCACCCACGCUAGCACGAGUGGGACUCAUUCGAAAACCACCACGAAAUCGCGUGCAAUUCCGGAUGUCAUAACAGGCAAAGAGACAGAUAUCCAAGUGAGAGACCUUCUACCAGGGACACUCUACAGAUUCAUGCUGAAGUGCAGAUGUGACUAUAGUAAAAUGGAAACUGAGGAAAGGCCAAUAAACAUGGAUGCUUCUCACACCGAAAGUGAUUUCGUUGAAAUAACUGUUCUUACAAACCCUGGUGAGGUGAAGAAAGUGGAACUGCAAAAAGAAAGAAUGCCCAAAUUGGAUACUACGACAAGUGUCCCAAUACGAUGGGUUAAGCCAAAGGGCAGCGUUGACAGAUACACUGUGUUCUACAGAGGAAGCCAGGAUGAAGUAUUCCGACAAGUACUUUCUCACAAAGAAAGCUGUAUCUUAUACGGGCUCACACCAGGCACCGAGUACACUGUAAUUGUUGCAGCGGAGUGUUGUACUGAUAACGAGCUUUGUGAAUACCCACCAGCCGAAGGGAUACAAGAAAGUGCCGAAUCAAAUUAUAUACAGGGGAAGAAGGUCCAGGCAGACAUCACACUAUACACACACCCCGCAAAACCGACAGAAAUGGCGGCUGAUUCCACCUGUACCAGUAUAGAUGUCACUUGGGCGAAACCGUUGGGACAAGUGCAGUUGUACUUGGUCUCUUGGAGUGACGGCAGCGGUGACACCGGUCUUAAAGAGGUUCCAUGCGACACGUGCACGUAUACCAUUAAUUACCUACAGCCAGGCACCAAGUACACUAUAUCAGUGCAAGCAAAAAGUAAUGGGAUUUUUAGUGAGAAGGAAAUCAUGUCCAAAGUUACAGUGCCAGACAGUGCAGUUGACGUGAACAUUUCCGAGGUCGGUGACGAUACAUCCAAAGUGAGAGUGACAUGGGGACGAUUACAAGGGCGUGUUGAUUCAUAUUCUGUAAUUUGUAUGGACCGAGCCAUACAACGAGAAUGCUACCGCCGUGAAAUAAGAACUGUCAAAUCCCAGGAUGACCACUCUGUUGAAUUGCAAGGUCUUGUACCAGGGCGCUAUUAUGAAGUAUGCAUCACCGCCUUCAGUUGGGAUGUUCAAGGUCGUAGGGAGGAUUUUCAAUUCUCUAUCAAGCCAAACCCGCCUAAACGUCUCAGGUUAGACGAUGAGCCGGGCAUGGAUCGUUCUGCAUUCGAAUGGGAACCCCCUGUUGGAGAUGUCGAGGAAUAUGUACUGAGGAUCAAUCAGAAAGAUAGUGACCAUUGCCUUGGUGAUCACGUCACGACAGCAACUCGCUUUUCAGUAAACGAUCUUUCUCCGGGAUCAAUAUAUGUGUGUUUUGUGACAUCUUACAGUCAAGGAAAAGAAAGUGUCCCGUCAUGCAUAACGUUCAUAACAGCACCUGUUCCCCCAGAAGAAAUUCAGUUGGAGUUACGUGAUGACACGAGUGUUUUUGUCACUUGGAGAUCCCCGUCAGUUGGUCUGUAUGAUGGGUAUACUGCUCGCUGUUACUCCUGUGAAACGGGGGACACAAUAAUGGAGGUGAAAUCGAAUCUUGAAAAAGCUGAAUUCUGCGAACUCUUUCCUGGAACCAAAUACAAGUUUUCAGUAGAAUCUUGUUCAAAUGGCCGUUUUAGUCAACCUGCAGAAAAACAUUACCUAAUCAGACCGGGCAAACCAGUUGUAUUAAAACAGGAAAAGUUUGAUACGAGAACUAUACUCCUCCAAUGGUGUCCACCGCAUGGCAAAGUUAAUCAGUAUGUAGUGAAAUACACUGGUUUCGGUGAGGACUGCCAAGAGACAAUGACGACAGAGGAUGCAGGAAUAACUCUUUGCAAUCUUAACCCUGGAACUCGGUAUUCUGGUGAUAUCAUAGCGAGGGUGUUUGAUGAUGGACGACAUUUUGAUGGGCUGGUAGAGCACUGGACGGCUGUCACAGAUCCUGAUUGGAUAGGAGACUGUGACGUUAUGCACCUGACUCUAAAGAGUGUCCAGCUGUCCUGGAGGCGACCAGAUGGUCAAGUCAACCAUUUCCGAGUAUCUUACUGGCCGCGCGGGAAGGCUUACCGCUCGAAAUAUGUGGAAAUACGAGAAACGUGCAAAGUCCUCACAGGUUUGGAUCCUGGUACACGUUACGAAGCACAGAUCACGUCAGUGUCAAACGGGAGGGAAAGCGAUUCUUACCAAAUGCAGUUUGACACAGGUCCGGAUGUGGCAUUGGAUUUUGCAGAAGCAGGCAAGGGAUCGACCCACGUGGAUCUAAAAUGGAACAUACCGCACGGUUCAUUUGAAUUCUUCAUCGUUCGAUGGCGGUCACAAGAUGAGGCAGGGCUAUAUGAAAGCACAGAGACAACAAAGACACAUCACACCGUUGAUGGCUUGUGCCCUGGCGACCGAUAUGAAGUCAGUGUUGUUACAGUCAGUAACGAGAUGGAGAGUGAACCUUGUUUCAUUUAUGUGCAAACAGACCCAGCACCCAUUGCAGAUAUAGAUAUUGAACCUUGUAUUGAUGCUAUCAAGUGCAAAUGGAGUAAACCCAAAGGCAAAGUUGACGGAUACCUGUUGCAAUUGAAGGGACCCAAAGAUUUACAAACAGGCAAAACAUUGCCUCCUAUAGAAGUAGAAGAGGUGGAAAUUCCUGGAUUGACUCCGGGAACAACAUACCUUGGUUGUCUAUUUACCGUGCGAAAUAACCAACGAAGCGAGUCUUAUUGUUUCAGUUGUUCCACAAGGCCAGCCAAAUGCACUCCAGAGUGCAGUGACAAGGGUACCAGGUCUUUGAAAAUAACGUGGGAACCCGCUGAAGGCGAGAUUCGGUAUUAUGAGAUCCAAUUGAUCAGAGAUCAUGAAUCUGUUCGAAUUAAGAAAGUACCUCGAGACAACGAUACAGAGACAGCGUUUGAUGAACUGCUACCAGGGACUAAAUAUGAAGUGAUAAUUCGCACCGUUACUGACAAUGCAGACACUGCAAGUGACCCACUGAAUGUUUACACAGAUCCAGAUGAAGUUGGUGAUAUCGAGGUACAAACACAGGAACGAUCGGCAACUCUUUGUUGGGAACCCCCAUCUGGAAAUUGGGAAAGUUUCAGGGUUUCUCACUGGAAAUACAAAAAACAGGAUAAAAUUGAUGAAUACACACACGAAUGUGUGUUUGCUCUGGUCGACCUUGAACCAGGAGAAAAGAAUUAUGUAGAAAUCACUACUCUUGUAAACAGUAUAGAAAGCAAAGAACGAACGACUACUUUUGUUACAGUCCCUGCCAUGGUUAGUAAAGAAAAGAUCCAUGUGACAGAAGAAAUAAAGUCUUUUAAACUCACAUGGGAUCGGCCUGUUGGUCAAGUUGAUGGCUAUGACAUUUUGGUCAAGCAGGAAGACAACGAAUCAUACAAACCAAACUUUAAAACACCCAAACCAAAUGCCUUGAUCAAUAAAAUCACCCCUGGAGUCAGCUACAUAAUUGAAAUCCGAUCUUUUAGUGUUGAAAAUCACAGUGAACCAUGUUGCAUCCAUCUACAAAAAUCACCAGCGCCACCCACGCUGCAGAGGGGUGGAGUUAUUGCCACCAAGAACACGAUUACAUUGUCCUGGGACCUCCCAAAAGGAAAGUUUGAACGAUAUCAGAUCUUUUGCAAAAAGGAUGUCACUGACAAGAAGGAUGGUAUUGACACUGGGACAUGUUAUGACCUUAGUGCAGGGAAGACAUAUGUAAUAAACGAUCUGCAACCAAGCACCCAUUACAUCGGUUGGAUCCGUACCCUGUCCAGAGGGGAACUAGAGAGUGAGCAUGUGAACUUCGACUGUUUUACAGAACCAGAACCUCCACAGCAUUUCACUUGCCUAAAAGAUCUUAGAGAAACGACAACAUUGACAUUGAAAUGGGGGGCAAGUAGAGGUGAUAUUGAAGGAUACACACUGAUCGUCAGGGACACAGUUGGCAAAGAGACCUUCCAUGAACUAAAGCCGAACAUCACCAGAUACUUAGUAAAAAAUUUGACUCCCGGCAUGAUGUAUCAUUGUCUGAUCUCCAGUACAUCACAGGCAGGCGUGAAGAGCAGCUACGUGGAAUGCCAAACAAGCACAGUUCCAGAAGUUCCAAAAGCCGAAUUCAUCACCAUAAGCUUUCGCGAAGGUGCAUAUGUGGUGUGUUGGGAAAGGCCACGUGGGGUAUUCAAACACAUGUCCUUUGAAUAUUUCCCAACUGACAGUGAAAAAGAUCUGAAAACGCUGACGUCAAAAGAGAGUCCGUCACCGCCACUUUCCGUCACCUCUGGAACUAUUUAUGUCCUGCACGCUUUCUCCGUAACGGAUCAUGACAAAAGUGACCAAUGUGUACUGAAAUUUACAACAGCGCCAACCAAACCCGUACUAUGUGAUCAAAUGGACAUUGAAACAAGGUCAGUCUCCAUUAGUUGGGAGCCGGUUCAAGCAUUGUGUAGUUACGAAGUGUCUUGCAGACAAGCUGGCAUCAACGCCAUGAACCCAGAAAGAACAACGGAAUGUAGAUAUAAACUGAUGAACUUAUUGCCCGCCACAAAGUAUGAUGUAAAAUUAGCAAGCUGUGUAAAGGACAAUAAAGGGGAACUACUAAAGAGUGAUACAAGCAACUGCACAAUAUGGACCAAUCCGUCAGCACCAACCAACUUCAAACAGAUAUGGUCACAGGUGAACAAGAAAAGGCAACCAACAUCGGUUAAGCUGAAAUGGGAAAUGCCAAGAGAAGACAUUGAUCACUUUGAAAUAGUCUAUGACGCCCAGGGGGUUGGGCGUAGUCCAGUGAAUGUCGAGUGCAGCCUAGAGACUGCCGAAAUAGUUGGGUUAGAGCCUGGAACUGAAUACAACUGCAGUAUUUCGGCUUUUUUAAGCAGUGGACAAAAGAGUGAAUGUGCCACGUGUAAGGCUUUUACAGCGCCCGCAAUGCCCGGUACUAUUGUAACAGGUACCCUUGUAGCAAGCAACAAAGGUUUAUACUUGCAAUGGAUGCCAGCUGCAGGAGCUGUCCAUAAUUAUAUUAUCAUGUACAGAAGUGCUCAAGUAACUGUCACUGACAAUCAAGACGACGGCAGUGCAGAUACUCAGACAAAACUACUUCUACAGGGAAGUAACAAUGAUGAACCGGCGUCAGAAAAAAAUCUAGAAAUUCUAGACAACGAUGAAGAAAAGGCACGUGAUGCAAGCUAUGAACAAACCGAAACUGUGCAAAGCAAGUGCAAUUUAGAAAGGCUUGUUCCUGGCACAAAUUAUGAAAUCCGAAUUUUUGCGAUAACUCACGGUUAUCCUAGUCUGCCACAACAGCUGACACAGGCAACAAAGCCGGGUAAACCUGGGGAAGUUACAAAAAAAGAACAGACAACUAGUGCAGAAUCAAUAUCUCUGUCUUGGGGUGCUAGUGAAGGCAAUGUCAGUGGAUAUGAAAUAGAAUACGGAAGAGAAGACCGAACCACAAGACAACCAUUGAGCUCAAGUACUCCAAAUUGUAUCAUUGAUAACAUAUCGCCUGGUGUUCCCUAUAGCUACAAAGUGUAUGCUAUAAGUAAUGGGAUGAGAGGCGAUCCUUCUCAGUUUGUAGCAGCCACAGAUCCAAAGCGAUUUACCCACACGCUCAGUACAUUUGCAGUGGGAUGCACCGCCAUCUAUUGCGGCAGCUUCUUGGUCAUACACGGUGAAAUAUCGACGUUUUAG